AUGGACAAAUUGAUAAUUUUUAAUAAUAUUUCUAAAAUCAAUAAAGAAAAAUUAUCUUUAAUUACUGAGAAUGAUGGAAAAUAUGCUUGGUAUUAUAUAACUUUAUUUUAUAAUGACAAACCUUGUUCUUUGGAUGGUUUUAAAUUAUACGAUGACAAUAGUUAUGAAUAUUCUAGAAUUAAAAAUGAUAAUAGAACAGAAUUUUUUUUAUUUAAAACAAAGUCGAAUCUUUAUUUUAAAGAUGAUUUAAUAUACAAAAUUUGUUACAAUGAAUAUAAAUUAACUAAUUUUCAUAAAAAUGGAAAAAUAUGUAUUUAUUUAACUUUGAAUAAUCAUAUUCUAAAUUUAAGUGAUUUUAAAUGUAAAUUUAUUAACAAAGAAGCUUAUACAAUUAAUAUUGAUAAAAAUACAUUAGAUAGUGUGUUGUUUAAUGAUAACAAGGUUGAAGAAAUCGAAGUAGAAAAUGAUGAUGUUAGAGAUUAUUAUAAGUUAAAAAAUGAAAUUGGUCACUAUUUUAUUUUAUAUAAAAAUAGUGUAAUUAAACAUAUUAGCACAUAUAAUUAUUUUGAUUAUUAUGAUGUAGAAGAAUAUAACAUUUCUGAAAAAAUUUUUAUUAAAAGUGUAUAA